AUGGGCAGCGCCGCAGCCCCUGGCACCGAGCCAGCACGGCGACCCUGCAGCCAUGUAUCCGAGCGUCCCUUUGCCUGCAGUGAGUGCGGGAAGAGCUUCCAGCACCGGGGGAACCUUGUCACCCACCUACGGGUGCACACCGGGGAGAAGCCCUUUGCCUGCACUGUCUGCGGCAAGAGCUUCAGCCAGAAGGGUGACCUGAUGCGGCACCAGCGCAUCCACACAGGAGAGAAGCCGUUCUCCUGCACCGUCUGUGGCAAGAGCUUCUGCUCCAAGCAGACCUUCAUCCUACACCAGCGCAUCCACACAGGAGAGAAGCCCUUCUCCUGCUCCGACUGUGGCAAGAGCUUCAACCGCAAGGCCAACUUCCUCACCCACCAGAAGAUCCACCGCGGCGAGCGCCCCUUCAUCUGUGCUGAGUGCGGCAAGGGCUUCUGCGCCAAGAAGACCUUCAUCCUCCACCAGAAGAUCCAUGUUGGUGACCGGCCCUUCGGCUGCUCUGAGUGUGGGAAGAGCUUCAGCCGCAACGGUGACCUGACACGGCACCAGCGCAUCCACACAGGCGAGCGGCCCUUUGCCUGCACCGACUGUGGCAAGAGCUUCAGCCACAACGGCGAGCUCAUCAAGCACCAGCGCAUCCACACUGGUGAGAAGCCCUUCACCUGCACUGAGUGCGGCAAGAGCUUCAACCGCAAGGGCACCCUCAUCACCCACCAGCGCAUCCACACGGGCGAGCGCCCCUUCGCCUGCACCGACUGCGGCAAGACCUUCAACCUGAAGACAACGCUGAUGAAGCACAAGCGCAUCCACACGGGCGAGCGGCCCUUUACCUGCCUCGAGUGUGGGAAGAGUUUCAAGUACAAGGGCAACCUGCGGACUCACCACCUCACCCACGCUGUGGAGCGGGUCUACCCCUGCACUGAGUGCGGCUCUGUCUUUGCCCACAAGAAGGAGCUGACAGCACACCAGCGUGGGCAUGCCGAGGAGAGGAUCCUCUCACGGUGCCACAAGGGAGAGCCCUUAAGCCCCUUCCUCCCCACGCACCCGCUCCUCGUGCCCUGCACCCAGCGCCCCAUGCCGAUCUCCAAGUACAAGUAG